UUUGUUUUUCUCACGUGUGCGAAGAGUGUUUUUAGUGUUUACAUCCGCGAAAAUUCGCAUUUUUCCGCAAAAUAUUAGUGAUAAAAUGGUGUGUUAUGCAUUAAUGGACACUUCAAAUGUAAAUCUAUUGCAUGAGACAUUGAAUGAUAGUGAAAUGAUGGACAAUUCGUGUGAAUUUGAAGAUUUGCAGAUACGUCAAAUAGCCGGGGGAAAUAUCACAGAUUUCCCCCAAAUUUUCUCACAGGAUGGCGAGAACAUCCUCCUUGUUUGGAAUAACACGGUGAAAGUGUUCAAUGUUACGACUGGCGAAUGGGUCAGGGACCUAGAAAAGACUGAGGCAGAUCUCGUGGGAAUUGAAUUUGAUACCACAAAUCCCAAAUUGCUGAUUGGAUGCACGACAAAUGGCGAGAUCAUUACCUGGAAGUGGAAGUCCGGAGUGAAACAUCAGAAAACUAAAUUAAACAUCCCUCAACUGAACUUCUGCAUCAAGUCCUUCAACAUGUUUGAGGGACUCGAAGGGCAUCUGGAAGCUGUGAUUGUCUACUUCUACGACAUGAACUCCAAGAUCAAGCUCGAUGUUUUCCGGCUGGCAGACGGAGAGAGCCUCAAUGGCUUCCCGGGGAAAUUUAAUCAGCUCUCGACACAACAUCCCUUCAAAGUGUCCUUGAGUAACAGUCAAAAGAUCUUUGCUGUGAUUCAGCGACAUGUUGUCAACAUUGGCAAUCUGUCAACGGGAAAGCGGCGUUUUCACUUCAAUCCCGAUUAUGCCUUCUUCACCACAGUUGCCAUACACCCAACUGCUCCAGUUAUCGCCACUGGGGAUAACCAUGGUAAGGUGAUUCUGUGGAGGAAUACCGAUGACCGAGUGCCAGUGACUACGCGUUAUCACUGGCAUUCGGGUCCGGUAAAGUGUCUAGCGUUCACAGAAUCUGGAACGCAUUUCUUUUCGGGUGGCAUUGAGUAUGUGCUGGUGAAGUGGACACAUAAUCAUCCGGAGCAGAAGAAUUUUCUGCCUCGGAUGAGGGGUUCUCCGGUACAUAUAUCGGUAGGACCGCAAAAUCAGCAAAUUGCUGUAGCGUUGAAUGACAAUGGCAUUCAACUGCUUGAUGGGAAUUUGAAUCUGCGAGCGUUGAUUCAGAAUUUUUCCCAUGUGGCCAGAGACAAUACGGAAGAGUUACCCUUUCCGGCUGGAUUAACUAUCAAUCCCCGGAAUAAUAGUAUUGUUCUCAAUGGUCGUGUAGGGUAUUUGCAGUUUUUCUCUCCGCAGACGGGGAGUUUUCUGUAUGAUAUUGAUGUGACGGGAGAGAAUCAAUUGGCACCUGAGCCAAUGAGUAUUAUUUAUAAUACUAGAGUGACGAAAGUGGCUUUGUGCCUAGACUGGAUGGCUACAGCUGAGUGCUGGGAUGAUCAUGAGAAUUUUGCUCAGGUUAGGCUCAAAUUUUGGGCGUUUAGUAGAGAGAAGCAACUUUUUGAGUUGAAUACAAAUAUCCAAUGGCCUCAUGAGAAAGCUAUUACAGCCUUGGAAUUUUCAGGGAUUUACUCUGAAGAUCGAGUUGUAUGCGCUUCCGCUGGCGGAGAUAAUUACCUAAUGACAUGGGUUUGUGAAGGUGCCCAAGGAACUAAUCCUAGGUGGGUUAGUUCCGGAAGGGUGAGUUACAAAAACUACCCGAUUAGGGGGUUAGCUUUUUCCCAAGAUGGUUCCCUCUUAGCUGGUGGAUUUGGGAAUAUUUGUGUGGUUUACACAACUGAUGAGCUAGUCAUCAAGGCGAUCUUUAGUGCUCCAUCGGGCUUAGAUGGAGCAGUCGCCAAGGUUUCUAUUUACACUCCAAAAGUUCAAUUGGAUGCAAAUGGAGAUGCAAAACCUAAAAAGAAGUUCAAAAAAGCUGAUGAUCAGCAAAGCAAAGCUAUCAAAUUAAUUCAAUCCUUCUUGGACAAGAGUUCAAAUGAUCUCGUUAAGUUUGUCAAAAAUGACUCAACCAUUCGUGAAACUUCGAAAUCGCUCAAGAAAUCAUCACAAAUUGAGGAUGAAGAUCUCUUUUAUAAGAUCAUGACCCUGAAUGAUCUAAAUCUUGACCAAAAACUCGAAGUUUUGCGUCAAUUGGAGAUCUAUUGCAAAGUUGGCAAUUCAUCUAAAGAGAAAUUGAGGGAGUUCUUUGAAAAGUCUCAGACUCUCUCUGCUAAUUUGGACAUUCUAACAGAACAAUGUGCUGCCCUCUUGGGUGAAAAUUGCAAAUACUCCAAGAAUUCGUAUCUGUGGAAUUUGAAAAAGCGUAGACAGUUCUAUCAUAAGUCCAAACGCAUUAGCAAUACAAAGUUGUCGAAGAUUUUUUUCGGAAGUGCUCAAACGAAGUUCCUUGAGAAUGGAAAUAGAGAUUGUGAAGAGUCAGAAAAUGAGGAGAGUCCGUCAGAGGAGCUUCCCCUGACUGAACUUGCAGAAAUAGAGCAUGUGGCUUUCUCAACGGGAGAACAUGCGCAUUUGUUGAUUGUUUCCACGAAAAAUCGGGUGCUGAUCUGGAAUUUGCUGACACUCAAACUCAAGAGUAUCCUGAGAGUUGCAGCAGUUUCCCUCAAAGUAGAUCCAAUCACGGGAUUAUUUGCUGUUAUCACCAAGCAUAAUAAUUUGUACAUUUUUUUCCCAAACACCCCUAUUCCCCUCUAUCACCGCCGCGAUUUGCCAAAUAUUUACGAUGCCGUUUGGAUUCCAAGGCAAGAUCCCAAAGCAACGUCACUUAGCCUCGAUUGGCAGGCAAAUUCUCAGCUGUUCUUCCUCACUGACAAGCAGGAACUUGUGUCCUUGGUAUCGCGGAAUGACGACGAUGGUUUGACGCCGAUGGUGACCUUCCUGAGCGAAGCCAACACCGUAAACAACUACACGCCCUUUGGGGCCAUGAUUGCCAAGCAAAUGCAACAGAAAGUGCGAUCCGGAACUGGGAAUACUGCUCUGCCAAUUGGAAUUCUCGGGAAGUCCAACGUAAACGAGCUUAUCAACUCAAUCCCCCAUGCAAUGGCUCCAGUGAGUUUACUGAGUAAGAGUUUCCUGAAAUCGCUGCUGAUAACGACGAAGAAAAAGGUGGAAAGUGACGAGAAGAGCGAUAAACGAUCACCGGUUGAGGAUUCUAAUAUGCCGAUAAGUGAGGCAGAUGCUAAAAUUGAGGAGAGAGUGGAAAAAUUGAAAAUCCGCGAAAUGCGAAAUAGCAUGAAGGAGAAAGUGUCGCGAGGAAAUGAGGUCAAGCGAGAUGAUAAAUUGAAUCAAAUUGCCAAAAGUUGCGUGCAAUUCAAAAUGUAGAAUAUUGUUGUGAAUUUUUAAUCCGAAAUAAAAAUGACGAUUGCAGAGCUAUCAA